CUGCUUGUACCCUAGACUUCGCAUCGUUUGAACUGCCCAAUUGAGUGCUACUGCCUCCGUUUCUAUAUAUUGGUUGAUCCUAGUCUCUGAAAGCUCUUGGCUCCCGCCCAUAGCAACCUUCCCAUAUGGCCUCGAUUCACCCAACUUACUCCACUUCUCUGUCUAUCUUUACUCCAAGCGCCAUAUGUAUUGCACUUGAUGCAUUGUUGUGGUGGGGGUUUCCAUUUGAUGUUCCGGUUGUUGCUGAUUGGGCGUUUAACCUCUGCAAUUUCCUCCGCUUUUAUACCUCUCCAUUCCUCCAUAUAUUCAAUGGCUUUGUUGACAGUGUUUUCCUGUUUGGCGUUGUGUAGUCUUUCCCAUUACAUAUCCGCCAUUUUGUUGUGCUUCCUUUGAUUUUCUGUAUUUUCUAUAUUUUCUUAUUUCUUAUUACAUAUGUAUUUUAUAUGCCGACCUAGUUGUAUGUCGGCCGACCCAUUUAGCAAAAAUAGAUAAUAAUAUCUCUUUCUAAUAUUGUCUUGUUUCCUUUCUUUCCAAUCAAUACGAAGGAAACUUCCAGAUGUCACAAGCACAACACCUUACCAAACUAUAUGGCGCUAGUUACACGGGAGGGACUGAAUCUGUCCCACAGGGUGCGUGUUAUUUGUGUCUUUUUCAUAUUAUUGUGAUCUUCGAAGAAUUGAGAUAUAAAUAACUGAAAGUUUUUUAACAGAAAAAGAGAGAUAUAACCGAAAGUAAUCCACAAUACCGACUUCCUGGAAUAUGUUUGUUUAUAUUGUAUUUUGAUGAUAACUGAGAUGAAGCAAAGUUGGUAUAUAUUCUUAAUAUUAAAUUAAAAGAAAAUUCUCAAAAAAUGUAUUUAAAAAUCUGACUUCUGAGUAUUGUUUUCUUUGCAAAAUUUAGAUUCUGAAAAUCUUUGAAAUCAUGAUUCAUUUUGUAAAUUUGCAGUCUAGUCUUUUGUUUAGAAAAAAAACGCUUGCGGAAAAAUACAAUACAUACAGUGAAGAAACAAGUUAUUUUCAAGAAUACGGUGUAAUACAAUCAUUUCGAAAGCGAGACCGUUGAGAUGCAAACAGCCGACUCUACAUUGAUCACCCACCUACAAAAAAAACAUUAAUCACCUACUGGCUUUAGUUAAAAUAUGACGAUAUAAAGGAUUCGAAAUUAAGCCGAUCAAAGAUUCGACUUGCUGGUAAUUGGUAAAUCAAUAAACAAAAGUCUAGCGACGCGGCGUUCGAGUGUGAAGGAUUACAUUUUUUUGCUUUAGAAUUUAUAUGUAUUCUGGUUCUGUAAAAAAAUGGUCGAUGAACUUUUCUACCGUGGAGUGAUACGUUUUUAAUUCUUCUCUUACACUUUAACCGGAUGGUGCGAUUCUUUGCAUAUGCCUAUUUUAUAUAUAUCAUGACUAAAUAGUUAAAUCCAAGGGUCCAUAGGAAUAACACGAGAUAAAUCCAAAGUAGUUUAGAUAAAUCCAAAUUGUUUUAAGAUAAAUCCAAAAGUUAACCCAUCAUGGAUUUCAUGGCCAUAACGUUUCUAUCAUUUUCUAAGUUUAAUUAUGAUUGUAAGUAGAAUACUGCUUCUUUAUUUUUAGUGACUUCUGCUUGAUUAAUCAACCAACAUUGAGAAAUUAUUUAAUCAAUGGUGCCUAUAGUGAUUGCUUAUUACUACACCACACAUAUAUGCAUGGGCGGAUUUAUAAACAUUUUUAGUCAGAAUACAGUAUUAAGAUUAAAAUUAAAAUCUAGACCAGGGGGCACUUUUCUAUGUUCACUAAAUAGGAAGAUUUUAAUCAAAAUCAUUCAAAUUAAUUAAGAAAAAAGAAGUAGAAGACACGUGAUCCUAUACCGCAUAAUGUUCGUCCGCCCCUAUAUAUAUGUGAUAACUAUAGUAUGGGUAUAUACAAACACGUCUCACGCCUGAAAAAGAACAAAACACAUUUGUUUCUAACAUUACAAAUUGUCCCUCCCUCUCUGUGUCCUGUUAGAACCAUAUUCAUGAUGUCGAGAUCAAACACAGUCCUGUGUUACUCUCUGGCCGCACUGCUGGUCCUAACACUGGCGGGCUCGGUCAGAAACGGUCAGCUCCUCGGAGAUGGUGAAGAUAAUCUUCCGGCGAUGGAGACGAAGGGAAGAAGAAGCUGUGAGGUUUGGAGAGGGAAGCAAAUGAUGGAGAGGCCAUGUGAGGAGAUAUAUAUGGUUGAGGAAGGGGAGACGCUUCAUAGCAUCAGCGACAAGUGCGGCGACCCGUUUAUCGUGGAGCGUAACCCGCAUAUCCAUGACCCGGAUGAUGUUUUCCCGGGUCUCCUCAUCAAAAUUCAAAUCAACCUUCCUACUUCAUAACAAAUUAAAAAUAUGAUGUCGUUUUCUGUACAUUAUGCUUACAUAUUUUCUCCCUUAAAUUAUUCUUCUUUGUUUUCUUAUUGUUUGUUUUUGUUUCUGUAAGUUUAGAUUUUUCAAUGAAACUUUUUUUUGUUUGUUACUGAUUUUUAUUUUAUUAUAUAUGAUUGGUCCAAACAAAAACUGAUACAUUCCUAAUUGGACAACUAGAUUUGUAUUCCUAUCUUUUCUUGUUGGUCAAAGUUUUAAUUACAUCUUUGUUUCA